AACGCGUACGUUUGACCUUGUUUUUGUUGUUGUUUGACUGGAGCGCGGCUGCGCGAGUCGCUGUACGUUGUUGGAUGACGCGUUUUGUCAGGAGAGCAACGGACGGACAGCGAGAGAGAAGAUAGGUGAAAAGUGAGCUCGGUGCAGGGGAGGGGCAGCAGAGCAGUACCCUUGCAGCUCUUCCACACAGACGGAAAGCAAACAAGUUUGCCCUAAAAACGACCCAAAUCAAAUGGAUCGGUGAUCGGCCACUGCAACGGAAUCGGACGGUUAUUCGAUUCAGCCUCGUCCGACUCGACUCGGCUGGAUUCGAUUAGUCGCACCGCAUCACCAGCCCAGAGGCCUCCGAAACAACCCCAUCGCCAUUAUAUGAUCCACUUCCCAGCGUCGCUGCUGCCCUCCAUGUGGGUGAGGGACCUGUGCGUGUCGGGCUAUGGCGAGAAAAACAGUUAGCAGGAAAAGGAAAGCAGAGGAGCCCAAGGAACAACAGUUUGACUGGUGUCAGUCUGCCAUUAAGCGUGCCCGCGUGUCCAGCUCAGCGCGUCAUGCCCAGCACUGGUGGCAGAGCCGGCAGUCAGUGGUGUGUUCUGUGAGAGGAAGGGAGUUCCGCCCACAACAGCAGCAUGAGUGGAGCUUUCAGCGGAGUCUGCGCGGAUUCGCUGCCGGACGCAUCCCAGGAAUCCUCAGAGAGAGAGAGUUCUCCCUCGGCCGCCUCAACAAGGUGUUCGCUUCCCAAUGGCUCAACCAAAGGCAGGUGGUGUGCGGGACCAAAUGCAAUACGCUAUUUGUGGUGGACGUCCUCUCGGGACAGAUAACAAGGAUACCCAUGCUGAAAGACAGAGAGGGCAGGGGGGAGGUUUCCCAGGGUUUGAGUGGAGGUGGAGGCCAUUUCCCCUUCCACAGUCCAGGAUCAGUCGGAGGCCUAGAUGUCCAGCAGGGGUGUGGCAUCCACGCCAUUGAGCUGAACCCCUCUCGUACUUUGUUGGCCACUGGAGGAGACAACCCCAACAGCCUGGCAGUGUACAGACUUCCCACGCUUGACCCUGUCUGUGUCGGGGAUGAUGGUCACAAUGACUGGAUAUUCUCCAUUGCAUGGAUCAGUGAUACCAUGGCAGUCUCCGGCUCUCGUGACGGUUCCAUGGGUCUGUGGGAGAUAUCAGAGGAGGUGCUGACUCAGGCCGAGAAGCAUCAGAAUGUGGAAGGUGUUCCUUGUUACUCCCACAUCUCUCACCGCGCUCUCAAGGACAUCCCGAAAGAGUACACCCACCCCUACAACUGCAAAGUGCGCGCACUGGCCUUCAACAACAGCCAUAAGGAGUUGGGUGCUGUUUCUUUAGAUGGAUAUUUCCAUCUGUGGAAGGCAGAAGACAACCUGUGCAAGGAGCUUUCUACCAAACUCCCUUACUGUAAGGAGAAUGUGUGUCUGGCAUAUGGGCUGGACUGGUCUGUUUAUGCAGUCGGUUCUCAGGCACACGUUUCCUUCCUUGACCCCCGGCAGUCAUCUCAGAACAUCAAAUCUGUGAGCUCCAGGGAGCGUGGCAGUGGUAUUCGCUCUGUGAGCUUUUAUGAACACAUAGUGACGGUAGGCACUGGCCAAGGCUCCCUGCUCUUCUACGAUAUCAGGGCCCAGCGUUUUCUGGAUGGCCCAUCCAGCUCACCCGGCGGGUACCGGAAUCGCACUGCAGAGGGCAUCCUGAAACUCUCUACAGGAAGAGGAUGGCUGAAUCACGAUGAAACGUGGAGAAGCUACUUUUCUGACGUUCGCUCCUUCCCGAACGCCGUAUACACGCACUGCUACGACGACUCCGGCACCAAACUCUUUGUGGCCGGUGGGCCCUUGUGUUCUGGUCUACAUGGAAACUAUGCCGGCCUCUGGAGCUAGCCUCCGUCAUCCCUCCAUUUCGCUCUCACGUACCAUGUGCUUACAGGCCAUCUUCCGUUUUUCUUCCCAUUCAUCUUCACUUCCGGUUUAGCUUCUAUCUAAGAUUUUCCUCUAUUUCUCAAAGGACUCAGGAGCAUAGAUGUGAUACUCAACUGUUCUUGUGCUCGUUCUUAUGUCUGUCGAUUUUCUGUUGUACUCCUGAAUUCACAUCUGUUUUUUGUGUGUGUGGGGAAAAAACAGCAAAGAAAAAGGAGAUGUGACCGACAUUGAUGCCUGAUAUCCUGGAGGAGUUCAUUCAUUCGAGUCCGGAAAGGAUGAAGGAGGUUUUUUCCUCUGUCUGAACCUUUGAGAACUGUGGAAUAGUGUAAAAAUAUAUGAAAAUAUGUAACAGUCUAUCUGUGCAUUACAUUUAUAUAUUUUUUUUUUUAUUUGCAGUUUUUGCCUUUUUUGUUUUCUUGCUUUUCUUUUUUUUUUUUUUUAACACAUGCCAUGUUGAGUUUGUUUUGCUGUGUGUUUUUCAAAGACCUGCUGAUCAGCUUCUUUUCUUGGCUCACAGUGGACUGAUAUGACAUUGUAGAUCCUGAAAAAGCUGAGAAUGGGCAUUUAAAGAUGAAAUGAACAGACAGCCUGACCUGUAACCUCACUCUGGACAUUGGGGACUGACAAGACUGCAGUUAUAUGAAGAGCACAGAGUAAACAUGGACAUCAGAUAGCGGUCAAUGAAGACUCACCCGCUGUUUUUCCUUUUGCCUUUAUGUUUUCCAGAAUAAUGGCAGGGAGAGACAGUUGUAAGAAAUCACAGAUACAGAUGUUCUGUUUGGGGUAUCUUGGAGAAUGCCUCUCUUUAUUGCUGAUUCUGUACUAACACGCAUACACUCACAUCAAGAUUGAAAUUUUCCCUCUGUGACAUUUAGACGUCUUAUUUAUUUUGUAUUGUUGCCGUCACUAGCACUCAUGAAGUUCAGGUACAAUCAUAUUUGUUAGGAUUUUUGCUUCUCAUCAUCUUCUCUGCUUAAAGGCAGGGCAUUGUUGUGUGACAUUGUUGCCUUUUCAGAGUCUUUCUGUGAAAGACUUGCAGAUUGAAUUUGUUUAGGCUUUUUCUUUUACUUUUUUUACACAUGAUAAUCUUCAUGGAAUUGUCACAAAAUUGCUAAUACAGUGAACAUAGUAACAGGCAUAUAUUAAGCAGAAAUUACCAUCACUUUUAAAAUGUAUUUUAUAUAUAUAAAUGUAUAUGUAUACAUAUUUGGAAUUUAAUAGAGGGGGAAUACAAUUUAUGUAAAUGUCAGAGGAUAUAUGUGCAUGUGUGAGUCAACUAAUCUGUCAUUAUUUUGGUGGUGCCCUUUUUUAUACUCACUUCCUGAAUGUUUUUACAGAUUAUAAGUGUGAAGAUAUUGCACAAUAUGAAAACAAAACAAAAGCAAAACAACACGAGACAUUCUUCAAAAAGAAAAUGAAUAAAAGUUUAUUGAUGUAUUUUUCUUCCA